GAGUUUCCUCACCUUUUGUCAAGCUACGGCUUACAGACAACUACUCAGGCAACUAAAACUGAUGGCAAUGAUGGCAAGGCUGAACACCUAGAGUACAUUGCCUUUGCUUUGGUUCCUGUUUUCUUCAUCAUGGGUCUCUUGGGGAUCCUUAUCUGUCAUGUCCUUAAAAAAAAGGGAUAUCGUUGCACAACAGAGGCUGAAGAAGUAGAAGAGGAAAAACUAGAUGAAAAAAUAGAAAUGAAUGAAACAAUACAUGAGAAUAGCGACACUGUGGGACAAAUUGUUAACUACAUUAUGAAAAAUGAAGCAAAUGCUGAUGUGUUAAAGGCCAUGGUAGCAGAUAGCAGUGUCUUUGAACCUGAAAGCCCUUUAUCUCCUACCUCUCCUGGGAGUCCAACGAGUCCAGGGUCUCCUUUGUCACCUGGUGCUGUUCCGUUCAAACACAGCUGCAAAGGCCAUCACUUCCAUACUGUUGGAGGAGUAGUAGAAAAGGAUGUUUGUACUCGUUGUAGCCACAAACGAUGGCACCUUAUAAAGCCAGCUCACAAAUCUAAAGAGCACAGAAGAAGUCGUCUCGGAGAAGUUACAGUUCUUUCUGUGGGAAGGUUUAGAGUCACAAAAGUGGAGCACAAAUCCAAUUCCAAAGAACGGAAAAGCUUGAUGUCUGUUACUGGGGUGGAGAGCAUCAAUGGAGAUACGCUUGCCACGCCUGUGAAACAGGAAGCUAGCGAAGCACCUGCCACACCUGUGAAACAGGAGACGCAAGAGAGGAGAAGCUCAGAGUAAAGUGCAGGUGGAGCUUUCAGAAGAAGCUUGUUUGCUAGCACUUUGAAGAAAACUGAAAACUCCCAAGAGAUGCUUACUAUUUAAGGAAAUGUAUUUAUGGCACUGUGGCAUUUUACAAGUUCUGUGAUGGCAUCCAUGCAAGGUCAAACACUUAAUGGUUUUUCACCAGUAAAAUCAGUAAGAUUUAGACACAUAAAUACUGUUGAGCUGUGGACCUCAUACCAAAUGUUGGGCUUCAUC